AUGGCGUUGCACAGCAUUGUACAGCUGAGGGAGGCACAGGCACACACCCUGUGCUUUCGUCCUCCACCGGGCCUUGAGACCUUCGGCCCAGGACCUUUGAUCUCUGCACCCCCUGGAAUGAAGGCCAAGGAGCUCGACGCCUUCUCCGAGACCUCCGAGUGCAGCACAACAGUGCCAGCCUCUCCGCCCGGCGAGCUGGGCCAGGUGUUGCAGGCCUCAGCAGCUUUAGUGUUCAAGCCUCCGCUUCGACUGCAGCUCGACGAGAUGCUUCCAGAGGACACGGCUACUGAGUCCCCACCAUGGCCCUCGCUUGGCUCUGCUGCACAUGGCCUUGGUCUUUGCAAGCCUUGUGAUUUCGAACAUCGCACCAAAUGCAGGUCUGGAUACAAAUGUCAAUUUUGCCAUCUCUGUCCACCCGGUGAAAACCGUCGCCGUAAAAAGCAGAAGCAGGCAGCGGAUGCUGGGACUCUCCUGGCUCUUCGAGGGAGUUGGGAUGGCCUUAGGUUUCGGAGGCAUCAACGGUUUCUAUGUACGACGCCAUGA